GGUGGGGAAGGUCAACUAGUUGUAAUGCACAUGGUUUCCCGAUGAUGGGCUCUCUUCAUUUCAAUUCAAAUACAGAUCGCGACCGUUCAUAAACAAUAAUUCCAUAAAUCGCGGCCGAAACGAACGAAGAAUACUGCUGUUUGGAAGAGGCCAGUGCAGACGACGACAUGCCAAGCACGAAGAUCAUCUGAACAUCCAGAAGAGAAAGAGACGAGAAUUUUAUUUAUAUUUUGGCGAAAUCAAACGAAACCGAAAACUAAUUCGAAUUGCAAACAACGACGGAAAAAAAAAUACACAUCACUGUACAUCCGACCAAGCCGCGAGGUUACGUCAAUAGAUAACCGCGAGGUUCUGCGUUUCAGUGAGAUGAAGUUCCUGCUGCUGCUCGGACUGUGCUGCUGGAUCCAAGCGAUCCGCUGCCAAAUUUCCUUCCCCGAAGAUGAUUUCACCACGUCCAUCUACGAUGUCUACAUGAAGCACAGGGAGACGGCUCACCUGGACACGAGCAUAGCCCGCGGCGUUCUCAAUCUUACCCUCGAGUUGGCCAAAGUCGUCCCAUUGGAAUCCGAGUAUAUGGGACUCGAUAAUGUUGUCUUCUCGCCGCUGAACAUUGCAGAGGUCCUUGCCGAUGUUCUUCUGGGAGCAAACGGGAAGACGCACGAAGAACUCGCGCAAGUGUUGGGAUUCGAUGGGACGAGGAACGGGCAGAUGUUGCACGAAAAGUUCGGACUUCUGCUGAGGCGCAUCUCGAGCGUUUCUCAGCUGGGAUACGGGGAGGACGUGAAAUUGGCUUCUGCCAUCUUCCUGCAGAAAGACUACCCGAUUCGGCCGCAGUAUAAGAGCGCCAGCGAGCGCAUCUACUCCAGCGAGGUGACCGCCGUUGAUUUCAAGAAUGGCAGGAAAGAGGCGAAGAAGUUGAUCGACAAUUGGGUCUCGGAGAAGACGGGCGGAAAGAUCAAGGACAUCCUCGAAGAAGUUCCACCCUCCGACACCGAGAUCAUCAUUGCCGGCGCACUCUAUUUCAAAGCCGUUUGGGAACAUCCGUUCUUCUCCACCAAAAGGCGGCCGUUUUACACGGAUGGAGCGAAAUCGAAGAGCACGAAGAUGGUGGAAAUGAUGUCGAACGGCGGGAAGUUUCCGUACUACAAGGAUAUGAUUCUAAACUGCGAGAUUCUGGGAUUCCCGUAUCUGGGCAACAAGUCGACGAUGUACGUGGUGAAGCCGAUCGAUUCCAGCAAGGAGAAGCUGCAGGCGCUUCAGCAGAGGUUAACUCCAGAAGACGUGGAGCGAAUGGUCUCGAACACCAAGUACCAGACGUCGGUGCUGCAAUUCCCCAAGAUGAAGUUGACGUCGACGCUGAAUCUGCGUGAAGCUCUCGCGAAACUCGGAUCUUCGACGCUUUUCCAUCCUCUGGAGGCGGAUCUGAGCUUGAUUUCACCUGGAAAAGACCAGAAGCUGGACGCGGGCCGCAGCCUGGAUAUGAAUCUGGACGACGUGAGGAAAACGUUGGGUCCCAACGACAAUCCGCAUCUGUACGCCGACAAAGUUCUGCACAAGGUCUACAUGGAUAUAACGGAGACGGGAACGGAGGCUGCCGCAGCCACCUCCGUCAGUCUCUCCAGAGGUGGCGACAUCAUCACCUUCCGCGUGGACGUACCCUUCCUGUUCUUCAUCUGGAACCACGAGACUGGUUUGGUACUCUUCUGGGGCGCCGUCUACACACCCACGCCCAACUUCUGAGUCCCAACCAUUCCUGACGCACUGUUGUUGUGAUAAUUUACGCGGAACAAAGACUAUUUUUCUCUCCUUAACAAUUAUUUUUAUUUUGUAUCGGUGCGGCGAAUGAGGCCGAUGUCUUAUUUUUAUUUUAUUGAAAAUACAUUUUUUUUUUUAA